CUUCUACUGAUACAGGAGCUGCAGUGCUGGUCGCCUUCAAGUUCGCCUUCCAUAUAUCAGGGGUGGCCGGAAUAAUUUCUUGAUAGACGAUAUCAGCCAUGAACUUGAAUACGAUGACGACAUGACCUCUUCUCCAUAUAGGUGAGAGAAACGUUAUUUGUUUGACACCAUAUUGCAGUUAAUAUUUUUCUGCAAUGCAAUCAGCAUUUGUACAGUAAAGAAAAGUUAAAUCAGGUUUCUUCAUUUCACGAGAAUCAGGUCACCACUAUAUUUCCUCAGUUCCCUUCGAAAACCAAUUGGAAAAUUGCUUCGAUAAAUCAAACUGGACGUUACACGGUCACAUUCACCGGUGUCUCCUAUGAUUAUUUACAUACAUUGAGAUGUUAGAUUUCCUCAACCUGAAGAAAAGUGAUUACCUGUGUGAAUUAUGCCGUGGAAGUAUAAAAGGCGAAAAUUGCACCCCGAAAUCAUGUUCUCAUAUGUUUCAUAUAAGUUGCUUGGAGGAUUGGGCUAGUGAUUUUGACUAUUCCUCGGGAUUCACCUGUCCUGUCUCUGGUUGUUCUUUAUCCUUCAGUGAAAUAUUGAUCCGCAAGACACCUGGUGCUGUUAAUUUCACUGUAACGUCCUUUAAAGAGAACCAUCAAUGCCCGAUAUGUUGCGAGAGGAUUCGAAAGCCUGUUGCUACUCCAGAAUCAUGCAAUCAUGCAUUUUGCUACAUAUGUCUGAAAGAGUGGUCACGUGUACGACAUGAAUGUCCUCUGGAUCGUGGCGUAUAUGAACUUAUUUUAUUGUCCGACUGGGUUGGGGGCCCCAUAAUAAAGCGGGUUAAUGCACCACCUGUUAAACAACAGCCUUCGGAAACACCACCAUUGGAAUUGGACGUCAACUGUGAGGUAUGUCAUCGUCCAGAUGAUGAAGCACAUUUGCUUUUAUGUGAUCACUGUGAUAGGGGGUAUCAUACUUACUGUCUCCCAACCCCCCUCUCAUCCAUCCCAGAUGGCGACUGGUUUUGUCCAGAAUGUCAUCGACAGGGGAUUAUUCCACCCGAAAUAAUUACUACCAAUGUCGCGUCGACAACGACUACUAAUAGACGUGUUCGAAGAAGUGUUCGGAGAAGGUUAAUUGAUUCUGAGGCAGAGGAGAGUGAACACGAUGAAUUGAACACUUCCUUAGAUUCUAGUUCAGAAAACCUCCAUUUAACACGUGAGCUUAGUUUUGCUGCUCAAAGGAGGCUCGAAGAGCAGGCUACUAGACGUCACCGUGGACGUCGGUUAUUGCAGGAUUUAAUCGCUGAUCUAAGUGAACGAAUAACAUCAGAGGCCUCUGUUCGAGCGCAACGCCGUCGCAGUCAACGACAACGUGUUGAGAAUCAACUUGCAUCAGAAUCUAAUAGUUCAUCUGGUCCAACGCACAGUCAGACGACAAUCUGUUUUGAAAUAUCGUCUUCGCCCUUCCGUAAAAGACUGCGGAUACUAUCCAGCAGUGAUUCAGAUUCAGAUGAUCAGAAUGGAGUUAUACUUAAAAAAACAAAACUUACUGGUCACCGUCCUCGAUUACUACGAUCUCCUAGCGAAUCAGAAGUGGAAGAGUUUCCUGUUUUAGCUGGUCCGUCAUCUUCGCACGAUUCCAAUGGAGUUCAGGAAGGCAAUACUGCUAUCCAAACGAGCGCUACCAGUCUUAAUGAGGAUGCACGCAGAAAUAGAACAUUGGAGUCUUCUCAUAUGGAUUCCAUUCAUAUUAAAUCUGAUUCGGAAACUUCUAAUUUCGAUGAAACUUUUGUUCCUGUUGUAAAAAACCCACAGAAAAAAAGUAAGACAACGAAAAGAACCAAAAGACGCUUAUCUAGAACAAAAGGCAAACGUGUCAAGAAAAAGCUACGCAAAUCCAAAAAAUUCCAGCGUUCGAGAAACAAAACAAUGCGUAAGAAAAUACGGAAACUCUCCUCGUCCCUAUCGUCUGUUAGCCCGAAACCAUCAACUUCAUCCCAACUUCGAGUUCGAAAUGGCUUGAUAGGAUCUAGUCUACCCAAGUUAUCAAUUUUGGGUAAAGAGUCACAAUGCGAUUUUAGACUUUUGGUCGAUGAAGAUGACGAUAAAGCAUCAAUCGUACCUUCUCUACCUAUCAUAACCACCAGUUCCGCUUCAAACAAUUCUAUUUCUCAACCAAAUCCUCGAUCAUCAACCUAUCUUAGUGACAUAGAAGCUGGACAGGCAUCGUUGUUUCGCUUUUCUACUCGUCAUAUGCAAGUAAAUCCGGAUCAUUCUAUGUCGCCUAUUCCGGUAGCCAAGGUCCCAUCACUUUCCGCAAAUAAGGUCAAUAUAGCAAACUCAGUUAACACUAAAUUCUCCUCUCUAUCUACAGUUAACUCUAUCUCUUCUCCUUCUACAUCAGAUAGCGUAUCUUCUGUUUCCAAGUCUCUUUUUUCCUCAAAUUCAACUACAAAUUCUCAGGUAAAAUAUCAUAACAAUACACCUGCAAAAUGUUCUGUUAUCAAUGAUCCUAUCCCAUCAACAUCGCACAGUUGUUCUAGUGAAAUUAAUGCUUCACAUUGUAAUUGGAGCCCCGAAUCUUUGCAAAGAGUAAAGUCUACCUUGAAACAUCAUUUAAAGGCAUAUGUAUCUUCUCACAGAAUAGACAAAGAAACUUGUCGUAAUAUUUUUCAACGUUCCUUGAGCAAGAUUAUCAACAAACCAUCUCAUAAGGUUACUGAUGAACGUAUCGCAAAGUUGGUUGAUGAUUAUGUUCAGUAUUGUUUGAGGCAUAGAACAUGAAUGUUAGUUCUUUUCUAAUGCAUUAUCCUUGUAAAUCCCACCUAUUGUUUACUUGUUAAAUGUUUUUUUUUGUCUUUUCAUGUUUGGAUGUAACAGAUACUAUGAAGAUUAUUAAAUUUUUCUUUAUGAAGUUGUAAUUUUUAUUGAUAUUAAUGCGAUGCUUGGUUUAUAUUGCCUAUAGAAAAUGAUAUCUAUAGUAUAGUCACACCUAACAACUUGUAUUCAACCUGUAACGCAGCACUCUUUUUUUGGUGAACAGUACCAGUAGUUAUCUUGCUUAGGUUAAAUGGAAUAUAUUGUUCUGCAAUUCAUCAGUUCCUAUCAUGUUUCCAAUUUUAUAACAGAUCUAUUCAGAAGUUAAUAUACAGAAAGAUACAAGAAUGUAAUGUCUAUGAAGUAUGUGUUGUGAAGGACAGAAAUUAAAAAUAGUUGUUUGUUUUAUGUUACUUGUUUCAUUUCCAUAUCAGUUUGACUAGCUAUUGUUUUUUAAAUAUUGUUUGGAUAAGUGAUGGUUUUAAUCCUCCAUCUAUAUUUACUUAGUCAGUCAAACAAUUAUAUUAAUAUUUAAUAUAUUUAUUUAUACACUUAGAUAUCGACCUCUGAAACAAAUUGUCACUUCAAUCACCUUAUUCACUCGAAGAAUAUUAUUUGAUUGAUUGAUUAAUCAGACCUAUAGAAUCACUAACAAAAUUUUAAUUUUGGAAAAACAUAUUACGAAACAAGUUUAUAUGGUUGAAUUAUUCACAAUAAGUCGAAUUUCGUUAAUUUGGAGUCAUUCUGCAGGAAGAACAGAUUGCCAAUUAUUUUUGAUGUCAGUCUAAAUUGAUAUCUUAGAGUUGCUCGUUCACUAAACAUUUUAAGUUCCAGAUAUGACUCAUUGAUACUAUGAAAAGAAAACUAGUCAACUGCUUAAAACUCGCGCGUUAUUCGUAUUGUUGCGUGACGUAACUAACUCUGUAGACUUCUGACGCUUUAGUUUUAACAGAAAUUUUUAGGUGACAACUCUCGGUUAAGGAUCAUGAUCAUAUCUGAGUAAAAUUCAUUUGAGAUUCUUCUUGUCUUAGUAGUCAACGCUUAACUCUCCUCGUCUGCUCGAACAUAUUGCUUAUUUCAACUAUUAUCAUCUUCCUCGUUUGUGUUCCGGAUAUCUUGAAGUAGUCAUGUACCAAAAUUGUCAAAUCCUGUCGUAUCCUAGGUACUUUUAAUUCACCUGAUGAGGUUCAUGGGUUCAAAGUUGGAUCUAAUCUACAAAUGGUUGGGGAGUUAACAGAUUGAUUACAGUCAAAAACUCACAAAUCACUUAGCAUUUCAUGUUUAGUUGUAAAACCCGUCUUUGAAAAACAAAGUUGUAUCGUUUGUUCUCAAGGUGCCUAGAAUACACAAGUAAACCUCUUUCUACGUUUACUGUAAUAAUGUAUUUUCCAUAUUUGUUGAGAGGGGUUAGGUUAUUAUCAUUUUUUUAAAUAAUGCAGUGAAAAAACAAAGCUUACCGGAACUAUAUGAUAUGCGAUUGCAAUGUAUCUCGAAUAAUAUACUGCGUCAAUAUAUCAUAUAGUUCUGAUAAACUU